CGGCGGGUCAGUCUCCGCUGGGCGCUCCGGGGAUCAGCUGGCGGGCGGGCGGGCGCCGAACGCGGCCCCGGCUCUCGCUGCAGCGCCGCCUCUUCUCCGCGUCGCAGGCCGGCCCGGCGGCCGUGACAAUGUUGCAGGGCUGGUAGCUGGGAGCCAGCCGCCGAGCCGUCUCAAGUUUAAACUUACACGAAUCGCUCUCUUGAGGAGGAGGGGACCGCGGCGCGAUUGACACGCAUAUUCCUAUAGGCAUCCUCCCUCAGCCCCCACCCCCACGGCCGGAUUCGGGUGGCUCCUCUCCGAGCUGAAAUCUGAGAAGAAAUCCUUGGAUCUCUUGUUUUCUUUAAAAAAAAAAAAAAAAAAAAAAAAUUCCAGAAACCGUCGGUAUUUUGCUUUACUGCUUCCUAUUCGCAAGAUGAAGAAGUUUUUCGACUCCCGGCGAGAGCAGGGCGGCUCUGGCCUGGGCUCCGGCUCCAGCGGAGGUGGGGGCAGCACCUCGGGCCUGGGCAGUGGCUACAUCGGAAGGGUCUUUGGCAUUGGGCGACAGCAGGUCACUGUGGACGAGGUGUUGGCGGAAGGUGGAUUUGCCAUCGUGUUUCUGGUGAGGACAAGCAAUGGAAUGAAAUGUGCCUUGAAACGCAUGUUUGUCAACAAUGAGCAUGAUCUCCAGGUGUGCAAGAGAGAAAUCCAGAUAAUGAGAGACCUGUCAGGGCACAAGAACAUUGUCGGUUACAUUGACUCCAGUAUCAACAACGUGAGCAGCGGGGAUGUGUGGGAAGUGCUCAUUCUGAUGGACUUCUGUAGGGGAGGCCAGGUGGUCAACCUGAUGAACCAGCGCCUACAAACAGGUUUUACAGAGAAUGAAGUGCUCCAGAUAUUUUGUGACACCUGCGAAGCCGUUGCCCGCCUGCAUCAGUGCAAGACUCCUAUCAUCCACCGUGACCUGAAGGUUGAAAAUAUCCUCUUGCACGACCGAGGCCACUACGUCCUGUGUGACUUUGGAAGUGCCACCAACAAAUUCCAGAAUCCACAAACUGAGGGAGUCAAUGCAGUAGAAGACGAAAUUAAGAAAUACACAACGCUGUCCUAUCGAGCACCAGAAAUGGUCAACCUGUACAGUGGCAAAAUCAUCACUACGAAGGCAGACAUUUGGGCUCUCGGAUGUUUGUUGUAUAAAUUAUGCUACUUCACUUUGCCAUUUGGAGAGAGUCAGGUGGCAAUUUGUGAUGGAAACUUCACAAUUCCUGAUAACUCUCGAUAUUCCCAAGACAUGCACUGCCUAAUUAGGUAUAUGUUGGAACCAGACCCGGAUAAAAGGCCAGAUAUUUACCAGGUGUCCUACUUCUCAUUUAAACUACUCAAGAAAGAAUGCCCAAUUCCUAAUGUACAGAACUCUCCCAUUCCUGCAAAGCUUCCUGAGCCAGUGAAAGCCAGUGAGGCAGCUGCAAAAAAGACCCAGCCAAAGGCCAGACUGACAGAUCCCAUUCCCACAACAGAGACUUCAAUUGCACCCCGGCAGAGGCCUAAGGCUGGGCAGACUCAGCCAAACCCAGGGAUCCUUCCCAUCCAGCCAGCCCUGACACCUCGAAAGAGGGCCACGGUUCAGCCCCCACCCCAGGCUGCAGGAUCCAGCAAUCAGCCUGGCCUUUUAGCCAGUGUUCCCCAACCAAAAACUCAGCCCCCACCCAGCCAGCCUCUACCACAGUCUCAGCCCAAGCAGCCGCAGGCUCCACCCACCCCACAGCAGGCGCAGCCCACUCCAGCCCAGGCUCUGCCCACUGCGGCCCAGGCCACGCCCCAGCACCAGCAGCAACUCUUCCUCAAGCAGCAGCCGCAGCUGCAGCAGCAGCAGCAGCAACAGCAGCAGCAGCAACCGCAGCAGCAGCAGCCGCCGCAGCAGCAGCCACCACCCCAGCAGCAGCCGCCACCUCCCCAGCAGCCUGCGGGCACGUUUUACCAGCAGCAGCAGCAGCAGCAGCAGCAGCAGCAAGCCCAGGCUCAACAGUUUCAGGCAGUACACGCAGCGGCCCAGCAACCAGCCAUCCCCCAGUUCCCGGUGGUGUCGCAAGGAAGCUCUCAGCCGCAGCUGAUGCAGAACUUCUACCAGCCGCAGCCGCAGCAGCAGCAGCAGCAGCAGCAGCAGCAGCAGCAGCUGGCCUCGAGCUUGCACCAACAACAGCUGCUGACUCAGCAGGCCGCCUUGCAGCAGAAGACCGCGGCAGCAGCGGCGGUGGCGGCAGCGGGACAGCAGCCCCAGGCGCCCCCCGCCGCAGCCCCGCAGGCGCCCGCGGAGCCGGCGCAGAUUCAAGCCCCAGUAAGACAACAGCCAAAGGUUCAAACAACCCCACCUCCUACCGUCCAGGGGCAGAAACUCGGAUCUCUCACUCCUCCCUCAUCCCCCAAAACCCAGCGUGCUGGGCACAGGCGGAUUCUCAGUGACGUGACCCACAGUGCUGUCUUUGGGGUCCCUGCCAGCAAAUCCACCCAGCUGCUCCAGGCAGCUGCAGCUGAAGCCAGCCUCAAUAAGUCCAAGGGUGGGAACCUACAUAGGUCUGCAACCACCACUCCAUCAGGCUCUCCUCGGACCUCCCAGCAAAACGUUUAUAAUGCUUCAGAAGGUUCUACGUGGAAUCCCUUCGAUGAUGACAAUUUCUCCAAACUCACAGCUGAGGAACUGCUGAACAAGGACUUUGCCAAGCUGGGGGAAGGCAAACAUCCUGAGAAGCUUGGAGGCUCUGCUGAGAGUUUGAUCCCAGGCUUUCAACCAACUCAAGGUGAUGCUUUUGCCACUCCUUCGUUUUCUGCUGGAACCGCUGAAAAAAGGAAGGGUGGGCAGACUGUGGAUUCUAGCCUCCCACUUCUAAGUGUUUCUGAUCCUUUCAUUCCUCUUCAAGUACCUGAUGCACCAGAAAAACUAAUUGAGGGACUCAAAUCUCCUGACACUUCUCUCCUGCUCCCUGACCUCUUGCCUAUGACAGACCCUUUUGGUAGCACUUCCGAUGCUGUAAUUGAAAAGGCCGAUGUUGCUGUUGAGAGUCUCAUACCAGGACUGGAGCCCCCAGUGCCCCAGCGCCUUCCAUCUCAGACGGAAUCUGUGGCCUCGAACCGCACAGAUUCUCUCACCGGGGAAGAUUCCCUGAUUGAUGGCUCCCUGCUUUCUAACCCUACUACUGACCUUCUGGAAGAGUUUGCCCCCAUAGCGAUCUCUGCUCCAGCCCAUAAAGCUGCAGAAGAUAGUAAUCUCAUCUCAGGUUUUGAUGUCCCUGAGGGCUCGGACAAGGUGGCAGAAGAUGAGUUUGACCCUAUUCCUGUAUUGAUAACCAAAAACCCACAAGGUCUCCAGAGAGAGCCCAAUCCCUGUCCUGUAAUAACUGUAGAGCACUUUAAAGACUCAGCAGGCGUUAAAGGCCUUCCCCUGUAUCCAGACCCCUCCAGAGUACCUGGCACGAAAACACAGAACAAUUUAGAAUCGGACUACUUGGCCCGAGAUGGCCCUUCAAGCAACAGUUCAUUCCACAGCAGUGAAGAGGAAGGGACUGAUCUCGAGGGGGACAUGCUGGACUGCAGUGGGUCUCGACCUCUCCUCAUGGAGUCCGAAGAAGAGGACGAGAGCUGCAAGCCUCCCCAGGGGAAGCUGGGGGGAGCUCUUCCAUUCGCUCAGCAUGAAGUCUCUACUGAGCAAGCAAAGGCAGGCCAGGGUGGCCGAAAGAACCAGUUCCAAGCCCUCCCACAGCCAGCCACAGAUGGUCUCGGGGAGCCAGAUGUUUUUGCCACAGCCCCUUUCAGGAGCUCAAGGGUUCCAGCUGAUGACCUGGAUAUUUUCUCCAAAGCCCCGUUUGUCUCCAAGGGCAGCAUGGCUCCUUCCCAGCCAGAGGAAGCGGACGUAUUCUUGAGAGCUCCUUUUACCAAGAAGAAGAACGUGGAGGAGUUAACGGUUGCCCAGAGUGCCCCCCAGGAGUUGCCUGUGCAGGCCAGUCUCCUCAGUCAGACUGAUGAUGUCCCUCUGCUCCCAGGCCUUGAGAGAGCAGUGUAUGCCCCUGUCCGAGCUCAGUAUCCCGCGGCUGCUUUUGUCCAGCAAUCUAACCUUCCCUCCCAUUCUGUGCAAGCGGCAGACCAUCUUGACAGCAUCUCUCCCAGGGGAUCCUGCCUGGAAUCUGGGGGCCAUCCUAAUGACAGAAACAAAGGACCUCAGCCCCAGAAAGAAGCUAUCUCAGGCCCAGUGGCUGGCAAACCAUUCCGCCCCCAGUCUUUAUCCAAAUAUUCCCGUCACUAUAGCCCAGAAGAUGAGCCAAGUCCAGAAGCCCAGCCCAUUGCUGCCUACAAAAUUGUUUCCCAGACCAACAGACAGUCCAUAGCUGGCUCUGUUUCCAUCACAUCCCUUUCCUCCAGGACUACGGAGUUGCCAGCGGUGGAUCCAUUUGCUUUAGCACCUUUUCCUUCCAAAUCAGGCAAGCAGAAACCUUAGGAGCGCUACCUGAGCCUUCAAGCCUCUGUCUCUACCACACCCUCAGUACUCAUCACAUCACUCCCAGCUGAGCCUGUCUCAGAAGAAGUGCACCAGUUAUUAUCUCUCCGUUCCCCGCGUCCCAGCAGGAUUCCUGCGGGCAACGAACUCCAUGGCAGUGAUACUCAGUUGAAACCCCUUUAAGUUAUGCUCACUUCUUUUGUUUGUAUUGAUUUCUGGACUUCCAGGCAUUUCCAUCUCCACCUCCACCCACAUCUCUGCUGUCUCUUUUGGCCCCAAGACUGUUUAAAUCCAGAAAUAACUUCAUCCCAACCCCAGAGGGGCCAUGUUACUGCGAUUUUUUUUUCCCUGCACUUCCUGCUCUGAGUCUUGUCCGUUGAGGACUCAAGAUUAGUUCCUUCAGGACUCGAGUUAAUGCUCUUGCAAAGGGAUAUUUAUGGAAAGAAAUCCAAGAUGAAAAUCCUGCAAAUGAAGAGGAAGUGUAAUCCUGCAGAUACUAAUCAUUCCUGUAAAACCAGCAGCUCUACAAAGGAUUCUCUGGAUCCAUUUCUGAGUCUUUGUGAGCCGGGCUAGCCUCUCACACACGAGUGUUUGUGGGUGUGUGACCUGCAUCAGAUCCUUUCCUAUGGAGAAACUCGAACAGAUGAGAUAUCUGUGCUCAUGUUGAACAGUAUUGAGCCUUCCCACACCCAUGCUUUUAAAAUCACUCUUGAGUGCACAGGUAUGCAUGUGUGCGUGUGUGUUUUGGCGCGCGCACAGGGAGCGUUUUUCCUGUAGGUAAAUCCUGUCUCACUAUGCCUACCUCCACAACCACUCAUUUACUGGCAUUUGUCUCCUGACCUAACUGAUUUGAGCCCUGUUUUUAUUUAGUUCUGUCUUGUGGCAAAAUCAAAUCCAUUGGAAGGUGUCGGAGAAUCCUGCUGAUGUUUUCCUCCAGAAUUUGCUAUUUGCUCUUAACAAAUUCCAUGUACAUGGUUUUAAAGAAUUACGAUUUUUUUUUCCUCUCAGAACAAUAGAAAAGAGCUUCUAGUCCCAAUUUGAACUAUUGGGUAUGUGGUCUUAGUAAUAUUUUAAAGUACUUAAAAACCUUAGGUCUGAGCACUCUAGGCUGUCCUCCUAGAAUUAAUCAUGAGACUAGGCUACAAAUUAGAGUUGCAUACUUGUUUGUGUUUUCUGAUUCCUUGCUACCUUUCUCCACUGCCUCUUGAGGAAAAAUAAAUCUGAGACAUGUAAAUCAGUUUGAGAGAAAAGAGCUUAAUCAAUUGUCCCUGAAAAUCUUUCAAUUUCCUGUCCUCUGUAGAUGUUAAAGUAGGCCAGAUAGGUGACUGACUUGUGUUUUUGAAUUGUCGUCUAUUUCUGGAAAGAUCUGACUCAUUCCCGGCUCUUUCCAUACCCGUUAUUAUUAGUGCCUUAAGGUGAAACUUUUGUCUCAAUGGGAAGAUCUGUGCUGAGGAAGUUCAACUUACUGGAAAGAGCUGCUCCACCGUGUUUCAACCUAAAAUCUUCCAUUGACUUAUAAUCGAUGUCAGUGAUGUCUCCAUUAGCUGGAGAAGUUGUGAGAAUUGCUUACCAAAACAGAUGAAUGAUUUAAGAGUUGGAAAUUCAUCCAAGAAUCAAGCCAGAAUGCCAAACUCUAUUGCAGUUGAAUAGGUGUCGUAUACUUUAGAUUUGAAAUUCAGGAAUCUUGGGGGUAGAAUAUGAACAGCAACUUCUCAAGACAUUUUCUAGUUUGGUCUCCACCUAUUUCAAACAUCCAGGUGAAAAGAAAAGUACUUGGCACUGGAUCAGGGCUACUGGCGAUGGCUUUACACCUGAGGUUUCAACCACUCCAGUCUUUCACUUUGAUGAAUGUUAAAUGUCCCUUCUAAGACUCUGCUUUUCUCCCCUUGAUGAUUUCUGAUUUCUUUUGUGUCACGAUGGAUGCAAAAUCCUCUCUCCAGUUGAAUAAAUAGUUUGGGCUAAUGCAUAUGGAACUUUGCAUCCCAGCCUCUUCCCUUGGCCAUUAUCAAGUAAAGCCCUCCAAUGCAGGAGCUAGGAGGAUAAGAAUAUUCAGGGAGAGUUCUCACCCCGAGUCAGGAACUCUUCAAGUGGAAAGUCAUUCUCAUUCCCUCUAUCAAAUAUUCAGGAUCACCUCUGUAACAGCCUUGCAAAAUGUCUUUCCUUUGGUUAUUUAAUCACUUCUAACUGAUCAAGCAGCCAUUUUAGCUCUUGAGGUAAAAUCAGUAAAAUCAUGGUGAUUUUAUCACAUCAUUGAAUCAUUUGUCAGGCAUGGGCUUGUAACCCUUUUUUAUUCUCACUGGAGAGAUAUGAUGGGUAGGUACUCUAAGUACAUUCUUUGAAUAGAAGUGAACGUAAAUCCAUGCAAAUUGCUUGUGUUCUUACUGACUGAUGCAUGAAAACUUUUGACUAUAUUACAUUAAUUGUCAGCCAAUAACUAGUAAAUUCUGCACUGAUCUUUGGAUCAUAUAGGGUAAAUGCAUCAUUUAAAGAUAAAGUAUUCCUGCCAGAGGCCAUUCUGAAUCUGGAAUUCUAGAAAAUUUAGUGUUAAGGGAAUUAGGAGUGCUCAGGGUGCUUUGAAUUAGUAGCAAAUGCAUGUUUCCAACAAGUAAUACUGCAACAGGUUAACAUUACAGAGAAAAAGAAGAUAUAUAGUCAGCAAAAUGCUACUACACCUUUUAGUUUUAUAUGUUACUUGCUUUACACAUCUGAUAGGAAAUGCAAGAACUUGUGACUUUUCAUUUCAGUGGAGGGCAAUGAGCCAGAAUCUAUUUUAGAUACAAAGUGUUGAACCCACAACAUGCACUGAUGAACUCUUUUAAAGAAUCUGUGUUAAAUGACUAACAGGCACUAUUGAAUUAAUGAAGUUAUAUUAUGUGUAGUGGAAAAUACUCACCUUGAGCUCACAUAUGGCCUGUUAGGCUCCCAGUCCUUGUUAGAUUGGGAGAUGGAAUGAACAAAAACUUGAUGCAGAAGCAGAUGCUGGGCAGGACCUCAGUGAAUCUAGGUCAUAAAUUCAAUGUCAUUUUGGGCUCCAUAAUUAUUGAGUUGAAAAUUUGGUAUGCGUAGAUGUGUGUACAUGUCCACGUGCCUGUGUUAGGUCUGAGUUUAAUUUGGCAACCAACAUUUCUUGAAAUUUUCGAGAAAAAUACCAGCAUCUUUUUGCCCCACUAUUUAUUUAGUAAGUUUUAGAGUACAGGUCCAUCAGUGCUUCAAACUAUAGGGUGGACAUUUCAGCGACUCAUAAAGAGCAGAUUUCAGUUUUCCUUAAAUGUAAUCUCCAGAGUGACCUGACAAUACAAAUUUAAUCACACUGAUAAAGAAAAAUCAUCAGAACAUAUGUCAUAUAAUAUGUUUGCAUUUUAUCAAAUAGGAUUUUAUAGGAAACUGCAGAAGGGUGAGAUCCAACUCAUUCUCUAGCAGGAAGGAUACAACUUAAAAUUGAGUCAAAUUGGGUGCUUUUAAUAAGGAAAAAGGUUAUUAUCUGCUGUGUCUUUGGAAUUGAAAUUGGAGAACACAUACCAAUCAACUCUGGAAUAGCUGCUGGCCGCAUAGAUGCAGUCUUAUCUGAGAAAUUUGAAACUCGGAUCAUUUUGAUAAAAGGUACAUAGGAUUGCUGCUGGAAAGACUGCAGCUUUUAAAGAGGUAGAAGCACUUUAAAUGCCCAGAGUCACCCCUGGGUUCUAAUCCAAUCCUGCCUGAUGGAGUAAACAUGAGGAUUUUAAAUGGAAUCAUGUACUUUAAAUUCUUCAUUUUUCAGUGCUUUAGUCAACAGCUACUUGUUUUUUGUUUUGUUUUUUUAAACCAUCAGAACCCUUGCAGACUUGUGAAGUUCACUUAAAGGUUUCAAGAUGCUUGAAAAUUAAAAAAAAAAAAAAAAGUGUUAUCUGGUUGGGAAUUGUUCCUGUGUUCUUCUGCUACAGAACAAGUCUUGCAGGUUGCUGAAAACAACUAGCUGCCUCAGUUUCGAUGUGAGAACCCACACUGGCAGUGUCUUGAUUCCCCAGGUGCCGCCUUGUUCUCCCACUUCCUGGUCCUCCCUGCCUCAUUUGUACUUUGACCAUUAUUGGGAAACAGGCCUCUCCUGUGGUCUCCAACAUCCCAUCACUAAAACACUGCCAGACACAGCUCUUUUCUGCUGCUUCUCUACUCCUGCAGGUCUUUCUGGCUCACCUUCCUUGUUCCUGCUCCCACUUCAUUUCCUCAUUUAACAUUCCCCUACUACAACCCUACCCAUAAAUGAAUGAUGAGAGGUACAACUGGACGAUCGUGUCAAUUUUUAUGUGCCUUGUUAUUGUAAACAGUUUCUGCCCAAGUUUCAGCUUAACCUAUGCUAAUCUCACCACACUGGAAUAAUUCCAAAUACGACAAAUGGCUCACCGUCCCCAUUUCUUAUGGACCAGAAGAACAGAUGAAGAAAAGUUGGCAGAAGUCCAGCCUUCCCCUGGAGACACAACCCAAAGGCAUCUCUCCAUCAUGAUCUAACCCAGGCCCAAUGUGCCCCAGAAUGCAGGGGUAAGUUUAGGUAUGAAAGGACUCUGGAAUAGCUUGUAGAAAUACCUAACUGUUAACCAGCACACCGGCGGCUUAGUUUAGUAUUCCCAGAACUUGUAAUUAUGUAAGAAAUUUAGUCCGAGCUGCUUCCCAGCAGUCUCAAUAUGGGUGACACUGUUCAAGAGUUUAUAGUAAUGUUCUUGAAAUCAAGUCAAAGUUCUCUCCAUUGCAUUAUGCGAGAACUGUAUAUACGUGUUAAAGGGAUCUGUUUGAUUCCUUUUGGCAAGGAAUUUCAGAAAUGGCUUUUGUGGUUUUUUUGCAGAAAUGGUUUUUAGCAAUGUCAGUUAUAAAGUGAGACUUUGGGAGUGAGCGAAGACAUUGUAGCUUUUUCACUCUGAAAUGGCAAAACAGUUGUAUUCUCUGGGUCUAUCAAAGACUCCUGUUUGAGGAUUGUGAAUGGAGAGGGAGUGUGUGUGUGUGUGUGUGUGUGUGUUUGUGUCCAUGUCCUCAUGCUUUCUGCCAUGGUGUUAAAACCUCCUUAUGAAGGCAUCCAAAGAAUACCAAGUGGUAACAGUAGGCAUUUGGCUUGAGUGAAUUCAGCCCCAUUUGCCAACAACUCAGAGAACUGGAGUUCUAGAUAAAGGUGGGCAAAGUUAGCCAUUGCCUUAGCCUGUUUCCGCAUUAAGCAUGCUCUUCUCAUCCACAAGGAUGUAACUCAGUAGGGUUUGACCUGAAUCCCUGGCUCAUGUGUGGUGUUGGACUGGCAGUAGUGACCAGAACAGCACAAGGCCUGCAAGAUGUUCCUUUGAAAGAGAAAAUGCUGUCAUUUGUUAGGGCACAGAAACCAAAUGAUGGCCAAGGACAAUGCUCCUUCCAUGGAAAAGAGGUGAACUCUGCUGACAAGACAUUUUGAGUUGACUGAAUGAGGGAGUCAACCCAGCUAUAAGGAAUACUGCGGUCAUCAGACCCCAGGAAAUAGUACGUGCACACAAUCUUAAGGGCUGUGAACAUGGGAAAGGAAGGGAAAAAGACAUUUAUAAAGUCAAUCUUAACAGUUUUUGCGAUACCUCUUAUUUGCAGACUAUUGGAUUUAUGUUAUUGCACUCUUCGUGUGAUCUAUCUUAUGUAUCAGAUAGUUUUUAUGAAUAAUUGUUUUGAGUUGUAAACUC